AUGAAUUUGAUUGAAAUCCUUUCCAUAGGACUUGAGCUAUUAGUUGUCUUUGCAACUACAGCAACAACCGGCAAUAUUUUCUCUAGAACCUUUCAAGAGUUGCACGAGGAUCCUGGACCUCAAGCUUCAGCCAGGGCAUGGGUGCAAACAAAAUGGAUCGAUCAAAAACUGGAUCAUUUCAAUGAGAGCGAAUUAAGGACAUGGCAAAUGCGUUAUUUGGCUAAUGAUGAGUUCUACGAAAAAGGUGGUCCCAUGUUCAUUUAUGUGGGCGGAGAAUGGACAAUUUCUCCAGGUGCCAUUAGCAGAGGUCAUCAUUAUGAUAUGGCCAAGGAGCAUCAGGGGUAUCUGUUUUAUACAGAGCAUCGUUAUUAUGGACAAAGUAAGCCGGUAAAAGAUCUCUCGCCGGAUAACAUGCAAUAUCUGCAUGUACGACAAGCCUUGGCAGAUUUGGCUCAUUUCAUACGGGUCAUGAAGGUCACCAUUCCUGGCAUGGAGAAUUCAAAAGUUAUUUUGACGGGAGGCUCUUACUCAGCCACCAUGGUGACUUGGUUUAAAAAAUUAUAUCCGGAAUUGGCUACAGGGUGUUGGGCUUCUAGUGCACCACUGUUGGCCAAAAGAGAUUUCUUGGAGUAUAAAGAGGUAACCGGAGAUUCCAUACGCCUCUUGGGAGGUGAUAGCUGCUAUGAUCGAAUUCAAAAGGCUAUUCUGGAACUGGAGGCUAUGAUAUCAAAUAAUCGUUCACCCUCAAAAAUGAAAUGCUUAUUGAAAAUCUGUGAUAAUUUCAAUGAAAGCAAUGAAAUGGAUGUAUGGACUUUAUUCUCCCAAAUUUCGGAUAUUUUCGCGGGAGUUGUACAAAAUCAUAGUAACAAUACCAUACAAAAAGCUUGCAGUAAAAUUAUGGAAGGAGAAGAUGAUAUUGGCGGACUAUUAAAUUUUCUGGCACCAUACUUUAAGGGCAACAAAAAUUGCACAGAAUUUAGUUAUGAUGAAAUGGUAAAAGCAUACAAUUACACCAGUUUUGACAAAGGAAUGUAUCGCCAAUGGUUCUACCAGACUUGCAAUGAAUAUGGCUGGUAUCAAUCUUCUGGCUCCAAGAAUCAACCAUUUGGUUCCAAAUUUCCUGCUAAAUUGUAUACUCAGUUGUGCUACGAUGAGUUCGGUGAAAAAUUCACCGAAGAGUUUAUUGAAAAUCAAAUAAAGGCCACCAAUCAAUUCUUUGGAGCCUUAGAACCCAAAGUAGAAAAUGUCUAUAUGACUCAUGGUCAGCUAGAUCCUUGGAGGGCCAUGGGUGUACAAGAGGAGGGAAAAGCAACCAUCAUACCAUUGGUAGCCCAUUGCAGGGAUUUUGGUUCGAUAAAUGAUAAGGAUACUCCGGAAUUAAGGGCCUCAAAGGAGAAACUGGCAGAACUGGUUAGAGAGUGGUUAAAAUAG